GUAUUCCUUCUCACCAGAUGAUCGCCGCGUGAAUGGAGGGGAUUUAUCCGUCAAAAACACGUUAGAGUUCUAGUUACUAUCCAAGAAUAUUUGUUAUGAACUAUCAAACGUAUCGUAUAAGAUGAGUGCUCGUUAAUGAGGGUUUCAUAAUAUUAUAAUAGACUAUAUCUCAUGCUCGGCUCAAUCUCAGUGUAGAUUAGUCGGCAUAAAAACAACAAUUCACAAGCACUAUCGGUGAGAUCGUGGGUGAUUAUAAAUUAAUUUUCUCGCUUUAUACACAAAAUGACAUUGCUAGGAAACGCUUUCGUGUGUGCAACAGACAAUAAUAGCACAAAUUUUGAAGAUCCCUAUAAGGAUUUAGUGCCGGAUUGGAUUUGUGCCCUAGAAUAUGUUCCUUGGUGUUGGGCCAUAUUUGGUUCUCUCCUUGUUGGACUCAGUGGAGUUUUGCCGCUCCUUGUCAUUCCCAUUGACCAAUCCGACAAUUUGAAGCAAGGAGAUAGUGCGAAUAAAUUGAAAACAUUGCUAAGUUUUGCUGUAGGCGGACUUCUGGGAGACGUAUUUCUUCAUUCCUUGCCUGAAAUUUGGGCUAAUGAUACAGUUACAAAAUUUGAUAAUGGACACCAUAUCUCAAACAGUGGACUGUUAAUUUUAACAGGGCUUAUAAUAUUUGUGGCCGCCGAAAAAUUAUUCUCUGUGAUAGAACAAGUAGAAAAUAGUGAAAUAAACACAGUAGAAAAUAAUAAUACCAAAGGUUUAAAACAGCCACUCGGACAAAAGAAAUCUGUUGCGGGUUAUCUAAAUUUGGUGGCCAACACCAUGGACAACUUUACCCAUGGACUUUCGCUUGGAGGAGCCUUUUUGGUAUCUCUCAGGGUAGGGCUACUCACAACUUUUGCCAUUUUAGUUCAUGAAAUACCACACGAAGUAGGCGACUUCGCAAUUUUGCUCAAAUCCGGUUUCACGCGGUGGCAUGCUGGUAUAUUCCAAAUGUUGACAGCUAGCGGAGGUCUUAUCGGUGCUAUGGCAGCCAUCAUGUUCAGCGGAGCGCGAACGGCAAUAGAAGCUAGAAGCUCAUGGAUUUUGCCGUUUACUGCAGGGACGUUUCUUCAUAUAGCAUUAGUGACUGUUCUCCCUGAUUUACUGAAAGAAGAAGAUCCCAAAGAGUCGUUUAAGCAGCUAAUGGCAUUAAUACUAGGGAUCGUUAUUAUGGCAUUCGUUACCAACGUUUUUGAAUGAACAUCGAAAAUAAAAAGGACUAUAGUUUAAUAGAAGAAAUGAUUGAUUAUUGUUUUAUAUUCAACAAAUUCACAGCUCCAAUCUGUUAUUCUAUAAUAAUAAACAAUAUUUAUUUUUUUAAUAAUAAUUAGCACUAAUCGUUUUAUAUACUCUAUAGUUUAACACAAUUGACAUCCUUGUACAAUGUGUUACAUCAAAAAUAAGAAUGUUUUUAACAGAAUUGUUUAAUGACACAAUAUUUUCUAAAGAAAAUCUAUCCAGACAACCGCCAUUUUCGGCACAAGGUAUAUUUUUUAAUUGAAAAAUUAAUGUUCUAAUCGUUCAAGUUUGAUGAUAUAAAAUUGUAACACAUUUAAUUUGAUUAAUGCACAGUGGUUUCCAAAAUACAAUGAAUUGUUGUCUCAGUUAGUAUGAAAACAAUAGAAUAUCGAAUCGAUGAUAUAUUAAUUGCCUCCUAGAUUUUUCAAAUUUUAUUACAUAUUCUCACAAAUCAUCCAAGAGUUAAAAAGUUUUCUCACAUAGUUGAAAACGUUGCAAAAAAAAUAUCUAAAGGAAAUUCACAAAUUACAUCACAAACAUUUCCCCUAUGUUCUUUGCGAUAUGUAUAGAAUUUGCUACUAAAGGCUGGUGUAGAAUCUUGAACGUUACUCUUUGUUUUGUGGCUUUAAUGUAUGGUUGUCAUAUUUUCACACACUAAUGAUUUGUUUUCCAGAAACUCGCGUCAUUUUGAUCAAAUUUGAACGAAUCUGCACAACACCACGACAAACUCGAUAUUUUUUUCAUUUGCACUUCAGUAGUACUAGAAAAUGCAUAAUUUUUAAAACUGUAUUAAAGACCUCACUUUGUAAUGAUAACCUUUAUGUCACAGAAAGUGAAGCUGCAGAUUUUGAACAGAUAACAUUUAGUCAAAUGACUCUUCAACUUUUAAUAUUUUACAUACAUAAAAAGUUUCCUUGUGAGCUAUAUAAUGGAGCUUAAAUGAGUGAGAUAAGGGGUCAAAACAAUAAUGAAAAUCUAUUGGAGACAGUAGACUGUCAAGAAGUGGUGUUAUGACAAAUUUAGCAGUUUCGGAACGCUGAAAAUGACUGACUAAAUUCAAUCAGUGGUAUUAUUCACAUGUUAUAUCUCCGAGAGAGGAGGUCUGGAGCUAAAAGCAUAUAUUUAUAGAGUUAUUCACGACGAAAUAAACACAGCUAAUGGUAGAAUUUAUUGUUCAUUUCAUUUGAAUUAUACAAGAACAUGUAUUAAAAACUUAAUGGAUGGGUUUUUCUGUUCAAGUGAUAUAUGUAUGUUAGGGUACCAUGUACAAAAGAUCUAUUGUGUCCCCCUUUCUUGCUGCGAUAUUGGGGAACCCAAUGAUUAUAGCUGUUCUAUUAAUCCCAUUCCUCUUAGAACCUUCAGUCAUGGUUUAGCUUUGUGCCGUCUUCUCUAUAGUAACUUCUCAUCUAGGUUUUUACUUAAGGUUCUAUUUGGCUUUCAACGAUUCACAAAAAUUUGACUUGAAACCUCAAAUAAGUGAUUAUUUCAUAAUGCUAAACCCUCGUUUACAUUCUGAUGAACUACAAGGAAUAUAUUUCGUGCAGUUAAAUAAUGGUAUAAGGUAUUCUUAAGAUGUCAAUAUAAUUUCUGAAGGAGACUGUAAUUUUUAUUUUGUUGAAUGUGAACCUUUUACAGAGUUUUUCGAUUCACCAAGCUGUGCCGAUGUUCUAGUUGGUCACUGAUCAGUUUUUAGAACUCUUAGAGUCCGACAAGAGCAAAUUAUGUUCUACAUUUUUGGGUGAAUUACUAUCCGCUAAUGCUGAUGUCGUUAGAAAGCAUUCUUCUACUUAUAUUGUGUAUCCAUUUUGUUUUGUGAGAGAAACAUUGUUAAAAUGACCCUAUUUUUCGGCAAAGUAAGCUGCAAGAGACUAGGUUUUUUUUUGAGGAGUUGAAAAAAUCUUCUGAUUAACGUUACAGCAGCUUCUCGCUUUUGUAAACAUUCUACAUAACGGCUAGAUUGUGUAGGAACUGAGAAGACUACAGAGAUUGUAUAGAUCUCUUUCUGUUGGAGCUCUGUAUUCGCCAACUUUGACUUUCUCAAGAUGGUGUAAACAGCCAAGUAUUUAUAUCACCUAGAGCAAACAGUUCGAAAAGAUUUUGCUAUCAAGUUUAUAGAAUUACCUGCCAACUGCGGGUGAUUUUUGAUUUUGUAGGUUAAAAAACAUGAUAAUUAAUUUUUUUAAGACAAAACAAUUUCAUUGGUGACAAGUGCUAUUACCUCUUUUUGUUAUUUUUCCUAUUGGAAAACACUGUUUAUUACACUUUUUAAAAACAUUUUAGAUGCAUCGUCAUUAACAAUCCCAAUCUUAUAGCUGUGUUAAUAAUGUGGCCAUAUAAAUUUUCCUCUAGUGAUAUCUAAUUUUAAAUAUGUACAUACAUAUUUUAUCAGUAUUUUUAGGUAGAAUAGAGAUUAAUUUGAUAUUUGAAGAUUAAUUGUCUUCUUUAUAAAAAAAUGUAAAUUUUUUAAAAAGUACAAUUAUAUUUUGUGAAUUUGUUGUUUAAAUCAAACUUUCCAACCCAUUACCUGAAGCGGUAAACAAAAUGAACGCGACGUCGAAGAAAACAAUUUUUUACUUUUUUCACGCUCAUUUUUAUAGGGUAGUUACAGAUACCCAAAAAAAUGACUUCUCUGGGUAAAAGGAGGAUAGAAUUUGUACUUGCUUAUGAGUGUUUAUAUAUAUUGGCUGAGU